AUGGGCUUCGGUUUCGAAGAUGGAGUGGAAGUGCAAGUAGGAGCGUUACUUGUACUUCUGACGGGAGCAGGAGCACAGGGUAUGGAAUAUGACACACCAGAGGUGUCUGCCAUAAAGAAAGAUAUGGCUAAUUUGGCCCAUCAGGGCCAUUGGAAAGUUGUUAUACUUCGCUACACGUUAUUGAUUGCUAUAGGAUGCACCACAGGAGUGACUGCUUCUCUAAUUGAUUUUCUAACAACGACUAUUUGUUCCAUCAAAUUUGCUUUCAUUCAGAGGUGUAUCCUUUUAUUUGAACUUAACUGGUUAAAAUGGGCAUAUUUGUACUCUGUUCCUUACUACUAUGAACUCCCAGUGUUCAACGCACAUAGUUCCUCAUGGCCUGUACUUCGACCGGCGAGUGUUUGGACCCUAAUAAACUGCUCAUUCGUUCUCGUGGCUGCAAUUUUGACUGUGUAUAGUGCACCAGCUGCCGGUGGAAGCGGCAUCCCUCAAAUUAAAUGUUACCUAAACGGUCUUAACGUUCCCCUCAUUCUGCGCGCACGUACAAUGGUGGUCAAAGGAAUCGGUAUUGUGUUAUCAGUUUGUGGUGGCCUAGUAGUAGGAAAGGAGGGACCCAUGGUACACAUCGGAUCUGUGAUUGCUGCCGGUUUCUCACAGGGCCGCGUCAGAUGUUUUGGCCUCUCCAGUCGGUGCUUUCGCCGUUUCCGCCGGGACGCAGAGAAGCGCGACUUCGUCAGUGCUGGAGCUGCUGCUGGCGUCGCAGCUGCUUUUGGUGCACCUGUUGGUGGACUACUUUUUACUUUAGAAGAAGGCGCUAGUUUCAUCUUCCAACGAUUAACUUGGAACACGCUUUUAGCCUCCAUAUUUUCGAUGUUUACGUUGGUGUUUUCUCGAAGCUUGAUCGACGGUCAGCCAUUUAAGUUCACUCCCGGUGGUCUUGUCAGCUUCGGGAUGUUUGAGAAUGUCACCUCCUAUAAUGCCUAUGAAUUAAUGGUGUUUGUUCUAAUGGGCAUCAUCGGGGGUCUACUUGGUGCAUUAUUUGUGGCGUUAAACAGGGUUCUAUCAAAAUACAGGCAGGCCUACGUGAAAUCACAACCAGCUAAAAUUGUUGACGCUGUAUUAAUCGGUGCUUUCACAACUGUUUUGAGUUUCGCGAUCCUCAUUUCCAUGUCGGAUUGUCAUUCACUGUUCCAGAAAGACACAUUUGAAUUCCAUCAAAUCGUGUGCCCAAAUGGUGAAUUCAACCGUGCUGGUACUCUUUUCUUUGCUGCACCGGUUAAGGCAUUGAAUGUCCUACUUCACGACCCGCCUCAGUCCUUCAGCAAUUACACGCUUUUCGUUUUUGCUCUGUACACGUUUUUUAUCGCUUGCAUUACGUAUGGUAUAAGCGUCCCUUGUGGUCUCUUCAUUCCUUCUCUUCUUCUUGGAGCCACAUGGGGGCGAGUCAUAGGUGAAUUACUUUACACCUUUUCACCACAAAACUUUCCGGAUCCGGCCAAAUUCGCACUAAUUGGAGCAGCCGCUCAACUGGGCGGCAUCGUGCGCAUGAUCGCCAGUCUCACUGUUGUACUUAUGGAAGCUACAGGGAAUGUUAUUCUUGGUUUACCCGUUCUCAUUACCCUCGUCCCUGCCAAAUAUGUAGGUGAUUGCCUAACCGAGGGGAUAUACGACACGCAUAUCGCUCUUAGUGGAAUGGCGCUUUUGCCGUGGGAGGUUAACGCCCGGUGUAUCCAGCUCUGUGCCCUGGAUGUUAUGACCUCGCCAGUAGCGGUUCUUGAUACCGUGAUGCCGGUUCGGGACGUGUAUCACUUGGUCUUUAAUCAUCCUCAUCACGCUUUCCCUGUGGUUGAGGGCGACCGUGAUCCAAAUAAUUUUAAGUACGGGCGACUCAUCGGCAUGAUAUCUGCUCAGCACAUCGCUCUUAUGAUUAAAAAGAAGAUAUACUACCCUUUGAAUGGGGAGGAUAUGCCAAGACUAACAGCAGAUGACUUCGACGAUGCCUACCCACGGUUUUAUAAACUAAAGGACGUUUUGUUGAACGCUUCGGACGACGAGUUUGACCGUUCGCUCGAUUUCCGACCUUACAUGAAUCACGCGCCUUAUCGAGUGCCUUUAGACAUGUCCAUGACUCGGGUUUUCGCCCUGUUCCGACGUUUAGGCCUACGGCAUUUGCCGGUUGUUGACAAUUCUAAUCAGGUCCGAGGAAUGAUCACGCGCAAAGACCUCUGCCGAUUUCGUUUCGCACCGGCUGGUAAAGUCGUCGAGCGGCUAUUUUCUCGCAUUUACUAA